AAAAACCUAAAUGUUGGUUCUAUAAAUAGAACUUAUAUUUAAGAUUUAGCAAAUCACCGAACAUAUUUUAUUUAAUAAUUGGAACUUUGAUACAACGAGCAAAGACAAAAUGGGCGUCACAAAGACUUUCGUGACUUUUUUACUUUUGAUAACAUUGACAACUUCUAUGUCCAAUUACAACAUCUUAGCUUCAAAGAUCAAACCUACAGGGAGAAUUCGUGAUCAAUGUAAGAAUAUUUGUUCGACAACAUACGGAAACGGUAAAUGUGACGCGGAUUGUAGAAAAGUCGGAUUCUCAUCAGGACGAUGUGUUACUUCUUCUCGUUUCAGAAACAAAUGUUGUUGCAACAAGUGAUAGACACUAAUCUUGCC